AUAGCUGUAGCACGAUAAAAAUAGCACGUGCUAACAGGUACUUGAAAAUAAGAAAGUACAUAGUUGCAAAAAGAAAAUAAUAGUAAAAUCGCGUGUUCUUAUAGCCGGCUUAUAAUAAAAAAAUAGUUUGGGGCAAAGAGAGUGCAAAGAGAAAAAGAGAGAGCGAAAAGCCCACUAAAACGCCGCCUGGCCAAUUAAAAAUUGCCAGAAUAUAUAUCUUUCCAUAUAUAUUUCUAUUCCGAGUGCUAAUCGUCUGGGUUUAUCCCAUGUGCCGCGUAUGAAAAGCUAAAGAAAAUUCGCUAAUAAAACCGGUAAUUUCUCUUUCCCCCAUCUCUGCAAAAUAUCCCCAUCUUUCUUUUUGGCGCCGUUCUUUGUUGUUUUUAUUGUUAUUUGCGGCUUGUUGCAUUUUCCGUUUCACAACUUACGUUUGUUUAAGCAAUCAAAAAUAAUCAUAAAUCAUAUUAAAAUGUUAAGUGACAAAAAAUUAUGUUGGUCUAUUUUGAUUAUUUAUCGUGAGCUCUAUUUGGUCGAGUUUGUCAGUUUCGGAAAACUCUAACGGUGCCUUUAAAAUCCACAAGAAUGAAAGAGGCAUCGCUGAAGUUUUCGGUGCGAAUAAAAAAUUAUCGGAUCGUCCAAAAAAUUUCCAAAUUUGAUUCUGAGUGAAAAAUCGUGAAAAGCCUCCCAGUGUUAUUUAUAUUUUGAGUUUAUUUUGUAUCAAAAGCCACAAGUUCCAGAGUUUCAACAUUACUCAUUAUUUACCCUCUAUAACCGGUGUUUUUGUGAUUCACGACCUUCGAAAAGAAUAAAGAAGAGAGUAUUCGGUGUGCUGUGUGCGUCCAGCUGUAGAACCAGUUCCAGUUAACUCCGAGAAUCAUGUCCAGAAAUAGGGCUGCCAUGGUCAGCGCCUUCAAGCUGUUCCUGCGCCCCUCGACCACCCAUCGAAGUCUCGCCCUUCGCUUGGCCCCCGUCACGACCUUUGCCCUGCAUUUACGGCCAGGUCAUGAGCUCCAGCAGCACAGAAGCUUCGCAUCCACGGCGGAGGAUGACGAGACGAGCGGCGGCAAGAAGUCGGACAAGCAUAAAAAACCGACGACGGGAGAUAUCACGCGACUCACUGUGGCCGAGUUGAAAACGCGGCUAAGAGCCCUCGGACUGAGUGCAACGGGCCGAAAACAAGACCUAGUAGAACGGCUAACAAAAUCCACCAACUGCGGUCCAACAACACUGGCUACAACGCCGGCGAUACCAACAACAGGUUCCAAUUUGUCGUCGGAGGUGUUCAUUGGGGAGCUCGUAAAUAAUUCCGACACGACCUCUGUCCCCAAAAACACUGUUCAACAAAAUGACGACAUCUAUGUGGAAUAUGUGAAUGGUAUGCCACAUAUGACUGUUAGACUUCCCAGUCGCAACGAACUCUGCCAGUUCGCCCUGAAACCAAUCUCCCACAACGUAGGCGAUCUGUUAACCAUGCUAAAAGCUGAGGACCGCGGCAUCGAUCGAGCUGCGGUGAUCAACAGGCAUGGUGUGCGGAUCGCUUCGUCCUGCACUAUCGACAGUUUGUUGGAUGACUCCUUUAGCAUACAAAUCAACAACCGCACAUUGGAGGUGAAUCCACCCAAACGUGAAAGGAUUACGGUGGAGUCAGUCGAUAAAGUGGGUGAUGUUCGCAAGGUUAUUGCUCAGCUCUAUGAGGCAUUCAACGUGGGCGAAUAUCAGCUGGAGAAGAGCAAUCAACUGGCCAAAGAACUGGAGACCUUACGCUACGAACUGGAGCCACUGGAAGAGAAAAAACUGGAACUUAGCAAAAAGGCAGCUCGUCGCACAAAUUUUAUGACUUGGAUGGGUCUGGGCCUUAUGUCUGUGCAAUUUGGCAUCUUGGCGCGACUGACUUGGUGGGAAUACUCUUGGGAUAUUAUGGAGCCGGUCACCUAUUUUGUUACUUACGGCACGACAAUGGCAAUGUAUGCCUACUAUUGCGUUACCAAGAGGGAGUACAUGAUGGAGGAUGUUAAGAAUCGCGAGUACUCGCUUACCCUUUAUAGGAACGCCAAAAAGGUCCAAUUCGAUGUGGAGCAGUACAACGAACUGAAGCGGAAGUCCGCUGAGUUGGAGUACAAUCUUAGAAGGAUUAACGAUCCACUUAAUAUGCAAUUGCCAUCGCAUCUGGUACGGACCCAGGAAAAUACGCCACCAACCCAAAUCGAAGAGAAGACGGAGCGGAAGUAAACUAAAGGACUUCGUAACAAUCAGUGCCGAGACAGGGGAAAAUGGAAACUCAAACUAAUUUUAGCUCCCUCAAAUUAGAUAACAAAUAAAAGCCUCCCCUUUUAGAUAAUGAAGUUCAGGUGAUCGAAAUGUUGUAGCAAUCGUUUGAGAGGAUUUUGUGUACGCAUCACAUGUUGUGUAAAUUCAACUUUAGUUUUUCUCUUUAUGUUAACUAAAAUGUUUUAGUUGUUUAUGUUACGAUUAAUUAGUUUAAGCCAAAGUUUGACGAUUCAUAAAAACGCACAAGGUUAUUCUGACGCCUGCAGUUUUAUCAAAGCUGAUAACAUUAUUUUACUUAUAAUUUUUAGUUAUUUAUUGCAAGUGAGAGAUUUGUUUAACGCCUAAGGCAAUUUUUGUGUGUGCAAGUUUUAGCAAAAUAUAUGAAUUAUUUAUUGACUAUUA